UUGAAUAGGGAAGUUUUGCAGGGCUUACGUGUGCAGUCCGUCCGCUGUUUGCAAAUAUUGUGCGGGCUCGCGAGCGCGUCUCCGGGCUCCGGCAGGACCCGAACCCGCGGCGCCUCUCCGCUGCGCGCGGGCCGUGCAUGCGCUGCCCCGGCGCCGCGGGCACGGCCGCUGCGCUCCCGGCCCCGGGCCGCACGCCUCCCCGUCCUCGCCGCCGCCGCGGGCACCGCCUCUCCCGCGCCGACAUGGACGUGCUCCCCAUGUGCAGCAUCUUCCAGGAGCUGCAGAUCGUGCACGAGACGGGCUACUUCUCGGCGCUGCCCUCCCUGGAGGAGUACUGGCAACAGACCUGCCUGGAGUUGGAACGUUACCUCCAGAGCGAACCCUGCUAUGUGUCAGCUUCCGAAAUCAAAUUCGACAGCCAGGAGGAUCUGUGGACCAAAAUCAUCCUGGCUCGGGAGAAAAAGGAGGACGCGGACCUGAAGAUGUCCUCCAGCCCCCCCGAGGAUGCGCUCCACAGCCCCGGCUUUGGCUACAACCUGGAGACCAACAGCCUGAACUCAGACGUGAGCAGUGAAUCCUCCGACAGCUCCGAGGAGCUCUCGCCCACCACCAAGUUUACCUCUGACCCCAUCGGUGAAGUGCUAGUCAGUUCGGGGAACCUGAGCUCCUCUGUCACCUCCACGCCCCCGUCCUCCCCAGAACUGAGCAGGGAGCCGUCCCACCUGUGGGGCUGCCUGCCGGGGGAGCCGCACCCUCCCGGGAAGGCGCGUGGCGGGACUGCGGGGAAGCCCGGCGACAAGGGCAGCGGGGACGCCUCCCCGGACGGCCGCAGGAGGGUGCAUCGGUGCCACUUUAACGGCUGCAGAAAAGUUUACACCAAAAGCUCCCACUUGAAAGCACAUCAGCGCACCCACACAGGAGAAAAGCCUUACAGAUGCUCAUGGGAAGGGUGUGAGUGGCGUUUUGCAAGAAGCGAUGAGUUGACCAGACACUUCAGAAAGCACACUGGUGCCAAGCCUUUUAAAUGUUCUCACUGUGACAGGUGUUUCUCCAGGUCUGACCACCUGGCCCUGCACAUGAAGAGGCACCUCUGAAGGGGCAGAGCGGCGACUCCUGCGGGCUAAAGAGGCUUCCAGGCUGAGACGGCCGUGGAAGAAGGGUGCGUGUUCCAGCCAAAGCCAUUUUGCACCCUCCCCGGUCACCUCCAGGACCUACUGGGAAGGUCUUUCGAGGGCGAAAAAAGUCAUGUCCGAAGCGGCAGAGCCCCCGGGGCGUGUGGUGUUUGGGUGGCCCCGGCCUCGCCACUGGUACCUAUCCUCUGAGUGGUCCCUGAGCCUUUGCCGUGAGCAUGUGCGCUGAGAAUGUUAGUGGUGGGUGGGCUGUAUGUGGAGGGUCUCCUACGGACUGUGUGAUGAAGCAGAGUCUUUCCCUUGCGAGACUGUAAGAGACAGAAAAAAAAAAAGUAGUUUGAAUGUUUUGUGUGUGAGGCGUGUUCCGUGAGAUGAGAUGGCCACCAAUCAUUUCCUGGGGGGCGGGGGGUGUCUGCGCCUUAGAGGAAAAAAAAAAAAAAAGAAAAAAAGAAGGGAAAAUGUGGAGGGCAGGCGUGGGCAGUCAGGACCCUGGAGUGGCGAGUGGGUGUGGGGAGGGGAGUCCCUUUCCCUCUGGCGUGUGACGAGAACUUUCGGCGUCUGGUUCAGCUGUGUGAAGUGAGUAGCCUGUGCUACUCUCUGCGACAGAGUUCAUUUGUUACCCGUUGUAUAAGCUGUGUAUCUACAAAUAUAACACAUUGAUAACUCUUCCUGCUAAGACAAAAGUAAUGCAUGGUCUGGGGAAUUAUCUGCUUUUCCAUUUUUAAAUCAGGACUACAGUUUUGAUUCCAGUUCACUGAGCAGCUAAGAUACGAUUCGUCGGAUUUGGUGACCCCUAGCCAUCUGGGCCUGGCAAUACACAAUCCUUCCCCCCUUCAAUUUCGUAACACUCCCCUUCCAGAGAGGUGUUGCGCAGCAUAGGACUAUUUGGUAAAUGGUUCCGAAUUUGAAUUACCUUUUUGGAGAAUUUCGUGAUGCCCUUGGAAGACAUUGGACAUGAGUUGGGUGUCCAGGACACUAGGGCUGGGAAUUGCUGGUCUGAUGUCCCAUUAGACUCAGAACCUAAAAAUUUUCUCAGUUGGGUGGAUAAAACCACUAAAGCUUAGAAACUGUUUUCUCACGCAGCUAAGUUUCUCUUAUUUAUGCCUUGAGGACUAAUUUCUGGUUUUCUAGCUGUAAAUGCACUGUAGAUCUUAAUAAUGGUGCCUUACGCAAGUGGCCCCUUAUGUGGGGGUCUCCUACAGGGGUAUAGGUGAUGCAUGCUUUAUUAAGGCUCUUUUUUCACCUGGCUUUGUACUGUAUCAAUAUAUAAUAUAGAGAAAAAAAAAUCUCUUUAAGGUCCUCCUUCACAAAGUCAAAUAGAUGAAAACCCCCCAAACAAGUCAAUAGUUACUGAAUAGUUUAGAUAACCUGACUGUCAGUGUUAAAGUGGAAAACACGUGAUAAUUGGAAAAUCAGACCAUUUCUGCCACCGUGAGACUUCCGUAUAGACUUUGCACAACAGUUGUACAGAUCAUACACCGGCUGUGUUUAAUAUGUAACAUUUUCACACGUAUUAAAGAUACAGAAAUAUAAAACAAUGUAUUUGCUUAAAAGGCACAAGUUUCUCGCAUAUCUAUCUAGCUAUCUGUUGGUAACACAGAAAGUAUAUUACUUUUUUUUAAGUGGGCGGAAUUCUUGUGUAUGUUUAUCUGUGUGUAUAGUAUGCGUAUGUGUGUGUGUGUGUAUAUAUAUACAUAUAUAUAGAUAAUAUAUAAAUAUUUUUUUAAAGAGAAGUUAGAAUGUGUAACUAGAAAAUUCCACAGCCUGUGAAGACAUAUUUGAAAAUGGCCAUAAAGGAGGUAAAAAUGAAAACCAUAACUUUGAUAAAGGUUUUACCUUUAAUUUAACAGUUUGCUACAGGCUCUUGCAUUAAAUCUCUUCCAGACUGCCGACGCACUCGUCAUAUUGGCAGGUCUGGGAUAGGGCACCUUGGCCAUUCAGAACUGGCAUGAACGGAAUACUAGCCCGCUGGUUGGUCUCAGACACACUAAGGUUUUGAUUUCGAAUGUCAGUCUUAUUGAAGAUCUAACCUAAGAGUAAGCUAAUCACAGGGAUUCUUUUUUAGAGCACUUUUAUGCAGAUGAAGCUAUUUUUUCCAGCACAUAGAUUCUUCCAGUUUUUCCAACGAGUAAUUUCCCCGAAUUGGCAUACCGCAGCGUGGACAGCUGGUCCUCCAUCCAGCUGCUGGCAUGUGGGUGUGGAUCUUUUCUUUAUAUAUAUUUAUAUAUAUAUUUAUAUAUAUACACAUAUGAGUCUGGCUGGGCUGGUAUUUUGUUUGAUCUUCCUGGAAAUGAGCAAUGGUGAAAGCUCACAUAACUUUUUUUUUUUUUUUUUUUUUAAUCUGGGCUGAUGGAUACACUUACCUAAAGAACCCAUUUCAUUUUGCUGAGGGGGAAAAUGCACUUUUCUUUUGGCAAUUCCAAAUCCAGGCAUUUGGUUUGCUGGAUUUUGGAAAACUCCUUUUUUGGCCCUGCUGUGAGCUUAGCCAUAACAAUUCCAUUAAGCAAGAAGGUAAACAGAAGACAAAAAAAAAAAAAAAACAA